AAAAGGAAAGCCAAAUCUAAAGUUUACUUUGUUAAUUGAGAGUAGAAGCCGCCGAUUUUGACGUAUGCACAACAUGGAGGUGGAUCAGCCAACACUGGCCGAUGUGGUGUUCGUAAUCGAAAAUAGCGCCAUCAAUGGCGCCUACCUAAACGAGCUGAAAACCAAUUACAUUCUGCCCACCUUGGAGCACUUCACCCAGGGCUCGAUUGAUGAGCGAGAAUUCCUAAUUGCCGAGCGCUAUUCGACGCUUUACGGCAUUGUCACAUACCGCACAGCAUCGAAUCUGCUGGAGCCAGUCUGUUCCACAUACGGCCCCUUUGUGCAGCCCCAGAAAGUGAUCGAGACGAUCGAACGUCUGCCGCUGGUCGGAGGCGGCAUGGAAUCGCAUGCCCACAUGUCCGAGGGCUUUGCCGCUGCCCAUGGUUGCUUCGAUGAGAUGAAUAAGCAACGCUACAUGCUGGAACAAUCGAAUUUGCAGCGCCACUGCAUCCUCAUCUGCAACAGUCCACCGUAUCAGAUGUCCGUCAACGAGUCAUGGAAAUACAAAGGCAAAUCCUGUGAACAACUCGCCGCCCUCUUCAAUGAGCGCAAAAUCAAUCUAUCCAUCAUUGCGCCACGCAAAAUGCCAGUGCUCUUCAAGCUCUACAUGAAGGCAGAUGGCGAUCAGCCGAUCACGACCAAAAACUAUGCCAAGAACAUUCGGCAUCUGGUGCUGCUCAAGGGAUACAGUUUGAAGGAGCGUGCCCCAAGUCCAAAUAGCAAUGGACCAGCACUGCCCCAGCAUGCAAUGGGCGCACCCCAAGCCCAGGCAACAGCAGUCAACAAUAAUCCGGGCGGACAGCAGGCGCAGCCAAUGGAAACGACGCCAGCACAGCAACAGCAACCAGUUGGACCACAACAACAGCAGCAGCAGCAGCAACAGCAGGUCAUGAAUAUGAAUGCUAUACAACAGCAGCAACAACAACAGCAGCAGCCCCAACCACAACCGAAUGCUGCUGCACAGGCUGGCCUUCUAAAUGCACAGCAACAGCAGCAACUGUUGCAACAGCAGCAGCAACAACAACAGCAACAGCAGCAACAAAAUCAAUUUGUGCCCAAUACUAUGCAAAAUACAAACUUUCAGCAGAAUGUGGUGCCCGGUCAGAAUCGCUGGAUGUAUCCGAAUCAGCCGGGUGUGCGUCCGGCAUUCAUGCAAAACGCUGGCAAUAAUAUGCCACUGCAACAGAAUCAGAAUCCCAAUUCGGCGCUAAUAUCGCGCAUCAAUGCGCCGCCCAAUCAAACGGUCAACGCCCUGCAGCAGCAACAAUUGCAGCAACAACAGCAGCAGCAACAGCAGCGAUUGCAAAUGUUGAACCAUCAGCAAUUCAAUCAGUUGCAACAGCAGCUUGCACAGCAACAGCAGCAGCAACAACAACAGCAGCAACAACAGCAUCCACAGCAGCAGCAGCAAGUUAAUCCCAAUGCCAAUACCAAUAUGAUGCCAACUGUUUCCAAUGCUGCCAAUGUGCCCAGCUUGCAGCAAGCGUCCGCACCGCAGCAGCAGCAACAGCAACCCAACCAACAGCAACAACUGCAACAGCAGCAACAACAGCAGCCACAGGAGCAGGCAUCGUUGCGUGAGAAGAUAUGGACGGGCGUGCUCGAAUGGGCUGAGAAGGCGAAGAAUGAUCAGCAGAAAAUACCGCAUUCGCUGCAAUGCACGGUCUGCACCAACAUCAAGGAUGGCGAGCCUGAAAUCAAGGCUGACAAUUGGCCGCCAAAGUUGCUGAUGCAAUUGAUGCCCAAACAUUUGGUGGGCAACAUUGGUGGUCAGUUUUUGAAGGACUCGAAAAUGGUUGUGUUCCGGCCGACGCCCGGCGAGGCACUUGAUUCGCUAGCCAAAAUGAUGACCAAUGGUUUCGCUGGCUGCGUUCACUUCUCGGCGCUACCCAACACGCCUACCUGUGACAUCAAGGUGCUCAUCCUGCUCUACACGCCCGAUCGGAAUGCCUUCCUCGGUUUCAUACCCAACAAUCAGUCGAUGUUUGUGGAGCGUUUACGCAAAGUGAUCCAACAGAAGCAGUCACACGGUAACAUGCAACAGCAACAGCAGCAGCAACAACAGCAGCAGCAACAGCAAAUGCCACCGCAGCAGCAAAUGCAACAAAUGAUGCAACAAGGAAAAACACCUAUGGAAUUGCAACAGCAGCAGCAACAGCAACAAAUGCAGCAGGAUAAUUCGCAACAGCAGCAGCCGCAUUAUAAUCAAUAUGCUCAGCUCAAUAUGCAAAUGGGCGGCGGUCCUGGCGGCAAUGGAGCCGGUGGCAUGCCCAUGCAACCACAAAUGCAAAUGAAUAUGAUGCAGCAGCAGCAGCAACAACAACAACAACAACGCAUGCCACUUGGCGUGCCCGUCGCGAAUCCCAAUUUGCAGCAGCAAUUGCAACAGCAGCAGCAACAACAGGUGCCACAGCAGCAGCAGCAACAACAGCAGCGCAUGGUGCGUCCCAUGCUGGGCAACAAUAAUCCCGGCCUGCGUCAACUGUUGCAGCAUCAGGCGCCGGGCAAUCAGUUCCGCCCACAAAUGGGCGGCCAACCAAAUCAAAUGGGCGCCGGCGGCCCAAUGGUUGGCAAUCGCAAUUUCGAUGAUGGCGGCUAUGAGUUUAUGUAAAAGUUUUUAAUAUGUUAUCGAUAGAUAUAUAGAUAUAUGUAUAUGUAUAUUCGGUAAAAAGAUUUGUGUGUCCUUCAAUUGUUUAGUUCUUUGUCUCGGUUUACUUGUAAUCACUUAUAAAAUUUACAAUUUACGCCCAAAUUCAUCCAUUUCACAUUCACAAUACUUAAUAUAAGCGAAAUGAUUUAAUUCAAUUUCAAUGGUUUUAACUGCUUCUACAAUUUAGUUUUAUGUAGUUUUAUUAGAGAAAAUAUAUUAUAUCUAAU